AUGAAUCCCGCCAACAACGGCUUCUACGGGGCCGGCCCGCCCAUGAUGAACCCUCCACCACCGCGUCUGUUCGGAAGCGGCAGCUACGACCCAUCGCAGAUGCCCCCGGGCAACAUGUUCGCCCACGACGACAUGCACGACGACAACGAUGGCAGCGACCCCAAGCGGCGGCGCAUUGCAAGGGCUUGCGACAUGUGCCGGAAAAAGAAGAUCAAGUGCGACGGCAAGAUGCCGUCGUGCACACACUGCCAGAACUACAAGACGGAAUGCAUCUUCACUCAGGUCGAGAAGAAAAGGCAACCGCCCAAGGGCGCCAAGUACAUCGAAGGUCUCGAGAACCGACUUGCGCGCAUGGAGUCCCUGAUGCGCCUCUCCGGCGUCCUCCCCGAAGACGACGACGGCAGCACCGAUCUGGCCACACUGGAGAGACGACUCGAAGCAAGAGCUGGGCGAUCGGCCACACCCAGGGCCAGCAUCGGUGAACGACGAGAAUCAAUGGCACCCCCGACCGGCCAAUCCACUGCCAACGGCACACCAGCACAACCAGCUCUCCCCAGUCCGAGGAGCGGUACCGCCUCACCAGAGCCAGAGGAGCACACCGAAAACCCCAAAGACAAGGAAGAGGAUGCGCUCGCCGAGAUGAUGUGCUCUUUGGUGACGAACAACUGCGGAGAGACAAGAUAUAUCGGCUCAUCGUCUGGUUUCUCCAUCUUCUCGCCCAAGGGCAUACAAUGGGUGAAUGAAAAGACCGGGGACAACUCUUUCCGCGACAUGAUCUCUACAGCCGCCGUCGAGGACAACAAGUGGAUCCAAUGGCGACCCGACGUGUUCCAGGACAUCUUCAAGCGCAGAGUCUACAAACAAUUGCCUCCCAAGCACGAGGCCUUGUCACUACUCAAGGACUACUUCGAAAACUUCAACUGCAUGUUUCCGCUGUUCCACGAACCAACUUUCAUGCAUCUCGUAGACAAGCACUACUCGAAAGACCCCUAUGAAGGAUCCGGGUGGUGGGCCAGUUUGAACGUCGCCCUGGCUUUCGCACACCGACUGCGCGUCAUGAGCAACCUGGUUCCAGCAGAAGAAGACGAAAAGGCGUGGCAAUACCUGAAGAAUGCCAUGAGUGUCAUGGUAGAGCUUACCAUGCGCAAUACGGAUCUCCUCAGUGUUCAGGCUUUGCUAGGAAUAGGUCUCUUCCUUCUAGGAACGCCGAACCCCCAACCUACCUACUUUUUCGUUGCCACAGCCAUGCGGCUUGCACACAGCAUUGGUCUCCAUAAGAAAGGUGCCAACUUUAGCCUCAACUCCGCCGAGGUCGAGCAACGAAGACGUGUCUUCUGGAUAGCCUACAUGUUAGACAAAGACAUCUGCUUGCGGUCCGGCAGACCACCUGUACAGGACGACGACGACAUGAAUGUCGAAUUACCUAGCGAUACUCCACCAGACAACAUCGGCAACAUUCCGCUGGCUGACGGAAAGGGCACUAUGAACCUAUUCCGUCUCAUGUGCACCUUCUCCGUGAUUCAAAGCAAAGUUUACAAGGGUCUCUAUUCCGUAAAGGCAUCUAAACAGACCGACGGCGAACUGCUAAAUACUAUUGGCGAACUGGAUAAAGAGCUGGAAGCAUGGAAGGACGACAUACCACUAGAGUUCCGGCCAGAGCAUGACAUCAAGGCAUCACAUACCCCGCUCAUCCUCCAAGUCGCAGUACUGCAUCUUGGCUAUUACAACUGUUUAACCACCAUCCACCGCAUGAGUGUACAUCACGGAUACUGGACUAGUCGAUUAUCCAACUUUGCGAUACAAGGCCUAAAUGCUCGACCUCUCAACCCGAGAGUCUUCAUGUCCGCCCAACUGUGUGUUCAGGCCGCCCGAGCUUCGAUACAUCUCCUAAAGUACAUACCGAAAGGCGAUUUAUCUUGUGUCUGGCUAGUGAUUUACUUCCCAGUCACUGCAUUGGUUACGCUCUUUGCCAACAUCUUACAAAACCCACAGGAUACGCGAUCACGAUCGGAUCUCAAGCUUAUGAAGCUGGUCGUCAACUUCCUGAACAUGCUCAAUGACGAUCAGGGAAGCGGCAGUGUCAAGCGAAUGUGCACAGUGUGUGCUGAAUUCGAGCGCAUCGCUACUAUUGUGCUAGAAAAAGCCGAUCGCGAACACGCGUCGCGACGGAAGAGGAAGCAAGGCGACAGCGAGCAAGACGCACAAAUCGAAGCAACAGCGGCCGAGCUGCUCUCGACGGGUCGCAACGCACACUCGUCACCUCAGCAGGCCACUACUCCACAGAACAAUAACCAAUCAGAAGGCAUGAUCUUCAAUCCAGACUUCCAGGGGUUCAACGAGCCAUUCCCCUUCUCACCAAAUUUCACACACGACUCCUUACAGCCCAAUAUCCAGAUGAGCCAAUAUGGUUCACCAGGUAUCACCGCCCAGAUGCUCCAACAAUCACAAAGCUUACCAAUGACAACUGGUGGUGAUGUGAACGGCAUCAGCUCCAACAUCAACGCCAUGGCGGGCAUGGGCCAGUUCGACCAGACCUUCAACAACGUUCCACAAGAUCUCUGGAAAAUGCCAAUGACACUUGAGUGGGACUGGGCAGACAUGACUGGUGGAUUCUCGGGAUACGAGGACGGGAUCAGUAUGAAUGGUGUUCUUCCAGACUUUUCGAAUCAAUCUGGCCAUGGAACGAGUGAGUUCAAUCAGGGCGCUAUGAACGGCGGCCGGUGA